GUUUUUAGGGGCUUCUGCAACGUGGAAGGGAUUGGUUGAGGAUUCACAUCCUAGUCGGCUGGAAAUAUCCAUAUAUAUACCGACUUGGGAGCCUUUAGCAGCAUGGUAGCUUGCCCAGCAGGUUCCUGAUCCCGCGCUGUUGACAAGAUGAAGAAAAGCGGUGUCCUGGCAACUUUGCUUCCUCUGGUGGCUGCAGAUAGCGAUGCUGCCAACCCCCAGCUUCGGGUGGCUUUCCACGGGGACGAUGGAAUGAUGGUCAGCUGGAAUACGUUUAACCACGUUCCUCGUCCGAGUGUAUUUUGGGGCAAAUCGAAGGAUCACCUCACUAACAUUGCAUCAUCGGCGGUGUCUGUCACAUAUCCCACUUCUACGACGUACAACAACCACGUGUUGAUUCAGGGACUGAAGCCAGAUACCACAUACUAUUACCUACCAGCACAAUUGAACGAAGAUACGUGCUAUGAGCCAUUCAACUUCACCACCAGCCGAAGAGUCGGUGAUAAGACGCCGUUUUCGGUCGCAGUUGUCGCGGACUUGGGAACUAUGGGUUCUGAAGGACUAUCUACGUCCGCCGGCAAGGGUGUUUCCAGUAACAAUAUUCUCAGGCCGGGUGAGAAGAACACCAUUGAUUCGCUCAUCAGCAGCAUGCCGGAAUACGAGUUCUUGUGGCACGUUGGAGACUUUGCCUACGCCGACUACUGGUUGAAGGAGGAGAUCCAGGGAUAUCUGCCCAAUACCACCGUCGAGGAGGGAUACAAGGUGUAUGAAUCCAUCCUGAACGAAUUUUAUAACGAAAUGAUGCCGGUUACUGCUUCUCGUGCCUACAUGGUUGGGCCCGGAAACCACGAAGCAAACUGUGACAAUGGCGGCACCACUGACAAGGCUCACAACAUUACAUACGGCCUCAGCAUCUGCAUGCCGGGACAAACCAACUUUACUGGCUUCAAGAAUCACUUCCGCAUGCCCAGCGAUGUUUCUCGAGGCACCGGUAACUUUUGGUAUAGCUGGAACAGCGGCAUGGCUCAUUUCAUCCAGCUUGAUACCGAAACUGACCUUGGCCACGGCUUUAUCGGCCCGGAUGAGAUUGGAGGCACAGAAGGCGAAGGUGCUAGCCCUGUUAACAGCAAGAUGAAUGCUCAGGUCAACUGGCUGGAAGCUGACUUGAAGGCCGUCGACCGCAGAAAAACUCCCUGGGUCAUUGUUGGAGGCCAUCGCCCUUGGUAUCUCAGCUACAAGAAUGUCACCAGCACCAUUUGCUGGAGCUGCAAGGACGUUUUCGAGCCACUAUUCAUCAAGUAUGACGUGGAUCUCGUCUUAACUGGCCACGCUCACAUUUAUGAGCGUCAGGCUCCCAUUGCAGAGGGUAAGAUUGAUCCCAGGGAAUUGAACAACCCAACCUCACCUUGGUACAUCACCAACGGCGCCGCUGGUCACUACGAUGGAUUGGACACAUUGCAGAGCCCUAGACAGCAGUUUAGCCGAUUUUCGCUCGAUACGAACAAUGCGACUUAUGGAUGGAGCAAGCUAACGUUCCACAAUUCCACGCAUUUGACGCACGAGUUUGUUGCCAGUAAUAACAAUACUGUGCUCGACUCAGCGACUCUGUACAAGAGCCACAAGUGUGAGUGGCUGGAGAGAUAGGCACAUGUAUAUCGGCACCGCAAAUGAUGAUCUGAGCAGGGAUAUUGAGAGCUACAGAAGACAUUUAUAGGAGACUGAGAAGUAUAUGCAUAGGACACCUAUAAAAGGAGACGUUAAUGAGAUAAAAUAGUAAUAUAAUAUAUGCAUUCAAUUCGUAGGGCCGCAUCAAUAUAACUAAAGCAACAAAGAUGAUACAUGGAUAAGAA